AUGCCUUUCAGUCGUUCUCGAGAUUUGACGUCUGAUUCCAGUUUGAUAGCAGGUGAAAGCCAAGGUGAAAGCCAAAGUGGAAGCCAAGAUCCCUUUAAGACCAAUUUCAAUGAAGAAACUACUGCAGAUUUCUCCCAUCACCAGCACCACCAGCACUAUCACAACAACAACAACAACAACAACAACACCACCACCACCACCAACCACAACAACAAUGUAACAAUAGCUUCUGAUGUCGACCCGGCUAGUCUGAGAGGUUCCUCAUCUUCGACACUCUCGUCUAUCGGUAAAAUUAAUGACAACAACAGUAAGCACCAAAAGCUACUGCUGAUGCCGCUGAUGCCACUGAUGCCACUGUCACAGCAGCCAUAUAUCACCAAUGCAAACUAUCCAAGUACCGAAAGUUGUUCAAACCUAUUCAAUCCAUUUGCAUUUGGAUCUGCUUCUACCUCUACAUCUUCAUCUUCGGCUAGAGCCCGAAUGACCCCACCGUUAGCUCCUUCUCCACUUGGACCACCUAAAAUUAGCGCAUAUUCCUUCACCAACAUAUCAUCAUCGUCUUCUAUUCCUCCUUCCCCCAUGAAAUAUCAAAAAAACCAUAUACGAAAUGACAGUUUGGUUAUCAACUCUCCCCCACCUUAUGAUAGGUACCCUAAAAUCCAAGAUCUCGAAAACAGCUUCCAGCUGCGGCAACAACAGCAACAGCAACAACAACAACAGCAACAACAGCAAUACCCAUCUCCGCCAGACUCGCCAUACUCAGAUAACUCCAAUUUGAAGCUUCCCCUAUCCGAAAAAGACGAUUCCUUCCUUGUCAAAUACGACCCUAAUCCAUUUGGCGGGUAUCCGGCAUCAUUGUUCCCACUCGAUAUAAACGAAAAAGAGUCAGACGAUUACCUACAUAACUCGGAUCCUAUCAGAGAUGCAAAUUACGAAAACCACAGGUUUUGGUACGACUUAAAGUACGGUGAUAAAAAGUCAUAUUUCGGCUUAUUGGGCUUCUUAUUCCUUAUCGCUGCAGUUAUUGCAGUAUUUGUCAUUUUACCUUCGGUUACAUAUACAGGUAUUACAGAUCAUGCUAAGCCAAUCCAUCAUACAUACGACAUUCUAACUCACUACCACUAUCCUCUAUUGAGUGCUAUAAGACAAAGCCUAAUCGACCCCGAUACGCCAGAAGAAGCAUUGACAAUAGAAGCUCGAGACGGUAGCGUUUGGAACCUAAUUUUCAGCGAUGAGUUCAACUGUGAAGGAAGAACGUUUUAUGAAGGAGAUGACCAGUUCUUUACAGCUCCUGAUUUGCAUUAUGAUGCUACUAAGGAUCUUGAGUGGUAUGAUCCCGAUGCUGUUACCACAAAAAAUGGUACUUUAAACUUGCAAAUGGAUGCUUUUAAGAACCAUAAUUUAUUUUAUCGUUCAGGAAUGGUACAAUCGUGGAACAAGAUGUGUUUUACUCAGGGAAAGAUUGAGAUUUCAGCUAGGUUACCAAACUAUGGUACUGUUUCUGGGCUAUGGCCUGGGUUAUGGACAAUGGGCAAUUUGGGUAGACCAGGCUAUUUAGCUACAACCGAGGGUGUUUGGCCAUACUCGUAUGAUUCUUGUGAUGCAGGUAUAACUCCAAAUCAGUCAUCGCCAGAUGGCAUAUCAUACCUACCAGGACAGAGACUAAACAAAUGCACAUGUCCAGGGGAGUCUCACCCAAAUCCAGGAGUAGGCAGAGGUGCCCCUGAGAUUGAUAUAAUCGAAGGUGAAGUUAUGACAGAUUCAACUGGUGUGAAAGAAAGCAAUGGUAUUGCUUCUCAGUCUUUACAAAUUGCCCCCAUGGAUAUUUGGUAUAUGCCUGACUACAACUUUAUUUCAGUACACAACACCUCAAUAACCACAAUGAACACUUAUGCCGGUGGUCCUUUCCAACAAGCAAUCAGUGGAACUACAAUGUUGAAUAAGUCGUGGUAUCAACGAAGUCGCACUCCGGGUGUACCACACUUGUACCAAACUUACGGCUACGAAUAUCUUAAUGACAACGACCUGGGUUAUAUACAAUGGUUUGUUGGAAAAGAUCCAACAAUCACAGUAGAAAGCACCGCACUACAUCCAAAUGGGAAUAUUGGUUGGAGAAGGAUUUCUAAAGAGCCAAUGUCAAUAAUCAUGAAUCUUGGUGUUUCCAAUAAUUGGGCAUACAUCGAUUGGAGAGAAAUAGUGUUCCCUUCUAUAUUUCAAAUCGAUUAUGUAAGAGUAUAUCAACCCCCAGAUGCAAUCAAUGUUGGCUGUGACCCAGCGGAUUAUCCCACGUAUGAUUAUAUACAAGACCAUAAUAACAUCUACCUGAAUGUCAACUAUACAAAGUUUGAACAAGGCGGGUAUACAAUUCCAAAGAAUAAGCUUACUGGGUGUCGAUAG